AUGCUCGUAUAUGGCUUUGAGGCCGUCCUUCCUAUAGAGAUUGAGGAACCAACCCUGAGGGUGAUGAUGUACUCAGAAGACGCUAACUGGGCAGCUCUCCGGACGGCUUUGGAUUUAGUCCCUGAAGUCAGGAGCAAUGCACUGUCGAGAAUGCAACUCUACAAUUUAAGGAUGGCAAGGGAGUUUAACAAAAGAGUUGCAAGGCGUCCGUUGAAACUUGGAGACCUCGUCUUGAGGAAGAUGGAAGCGGUGCUUUUUGGGGAUAUGGGAACAGGAAAAACAAUCUUAGUUUUGAGAUUUGUUAAAGGCCAAUUCUUUGAUUAUCAGGAAUCAACAAUUGGUGCAGCAUUUUUCACUGAGGUCUUGUCCUUAGAUAACACAAUUGUUAAGCUUGAUAUAUGGGACACUGCUGGACAAGAACGAUACCACAACUUAGCUCCUAUGUACUACUGCGGUGCAGCUGCAGCUAUUGUCGUCUAUAACAUUACUAGCGCGGAAUCAUUUGAGAAAGCCAAAAGAUGGACACGAGAAUUGCAGAAGCAAGCAAGUCCUCAUAUGUUCACUGCAUUGGUUGGGAACAAGGCAGACCUUGAUGAGAAGAGGGAAGUCGAUAACGAGGUAGCUGAACAAUAUGCUAAAAAGAACGGGUUGCAUUUCUUUGAAACAUCUGCUAAAACUGAACAGAUCAAUAAACUCUUUUAUGAAACAACAACGACAUUGGCAAGAACUUGUUCACCACGUGCAAGUGGAAUGAAAUUGGAGAACAGUCGAGAAGGAAGAGGGACAUUUUGUUGCUUCAAUUGA